AUGACAUUAAUCUGCCUCAAACCCAAUCCACGUGAUACUCCGUCAAGUAGAGAGCAAAGAUCCGUCGGUGUGGAUCCAUCGUUAGGCAGAAAAGCAGCCCAAUCCAUGAGAGCAACCAGAUCGAUUGAUCUCACGUUUGGUAGAAAUCUCCCAAACAGCAAAUCCCUCCGGGGAGAUCGCACAACAGAUCGAGGGAACAAAUCUAAGAAACACAAAAACCAAGACGAGCAGCCCAGAGCACGAAGUGCCUCGCCAAUCAGACAAGACUCGGCAAUAGAAGAGCCAGAAGCCCGCAGUUCUCGCAGCAUGUCUCCAAAACUCUGCAGGGGCACUUCUCAGGAGCGGCCUUUAGUCACACGUUCAAAGUCAACGGGAGAAGACACCCACAACAAUAAUCUGUCUGACCGAGGGGCUCGUGAAAGAGUCUGCGAGCCAAAUCACUCAAGGUCGCAACGUGGCACAGACAGGACGAGGGUGCCAAUCAGUGCUCGACGAACCAAGUCUGAUGGUAGCCGAAACGAUGCUGAUAGCAGUUGGAGGCGAUUCAGCGCCGUUGAUUUCAGUUCAGGCCUCAAUGGUUGUGUAGAAAAGGAAGGUAAAAGUUGUGGUAUCAGGGAACUUAGCGCAGAGUCAGUCGCUGCCAGGCUAUCGCCGGUGGAGGCUAUAUCACAAAACAUCUGCUCUGGUUUCGAAGGGAGUCUCCCUGAUGGUGAAGACCGGGAUGCUGCAAUUGACGGCGAACCAAAGACUCGUUCCUCUUGCAGUGUGCUACCCAGAAGCACAAGCUUCACGGAAGAUCCAAUCCCGAGGAAGAGUCGUAUUUCCAUUGUAGACAGUGGAGUGCUUGACAACAGCAGCUGGCUUGAUCACAGCGGCCAAGACGAAGGGGGCAAAGAACGGCACCAGCAGUUGCCGACCAACGACGCGACCAAUGAUCUGAGCGGCCAAGUGGGCUUCGAUUCCAUGGCUGCAGUGACAGGCGUAUCAAGAUGCAGGUCGGCGAAAACACUUUCCCAGGAGUCUUCUGCACAAAUAUCUUCAGCAGAUCGCCGCAGAAGAGCAGCGAGCCCAGCAGGUGUCAGUGACUUGAGUGCUCUUGUUGCUCAAAGUGUAAUGCCAACUCCAGCUAAGAACUUUGCUUGGCCAAAGAAGAGUUCCUCUUUGGUUCAUGAUAAGAACCAGCAAUCUGUGCUUGAGUGUCUCAAGGGGAUUGUCAGAUAUCAUGAUAUGGUCCAAAGGCAAGAGGACACUUUGAAGGGAACUGAUGCUGUGACUUGGAUUGCCAGCUCCUGGAAAUCUACAAGGAAGAAUGGUAGCAGCAGACAUUCGGGCUCACAGCAAGAGAGUCAAGGUGAGCGGCCGGGGACAGUCCGAGUCUCCCAGCAAAAACUCGUGAGUGCUGGCCUUCCUGAAACAACUGUUAUGGAGCAAAGGAAGAAUUCAGCAGGCCUGAUAGGUAUUGCUGGACUUGGUGAAGGAGGCAAACAGUUGAAGGUGGUUCCCAAUGCAGGUUGAGACAGGACCCGAGCCACAAAGGUUUAUUCUUGAUGACACUUCUGUGUAGUAAGUCUGCGAUGCGCUUGCGAUGGUUGUUACUUUCAUUGUACCAGCAUCCUUGGUUGUACAAGAAGCUUGUUGGCUGCCUUCAUACUCGUCCAUUGGCUAGCUAGAUGGCUACCGGUAGCACAUCAUCUUCCCUUUCAUAAGAAUCCCACUGACAUCGAUGACAACCAGAGCACCUGAGCAUAUGCAGGGUUGCUCGUGCUGGAAGCUAGCUAGCUAGUCACAACGAGAGUACCAUGAACGCCGCAUCCGACCCGUAGCUUUGCAGGCACUCUGGAUCCAGCGGUGUCGCCCGUUGGAAUCCCAGUUUUGUCCAAAAGCUGUGACUCCCAUUGACGGCAACCAGUGACAUGCUUUUGAUUCUGCCCUUGUUUGGUUGUACUUGCUGCUGCUGCUGUUGUUGUUGGAGAUGUUGGAACAGGCGCUUUCCAAUCCCCUGUUUCGGUGUGGCGACCGCCAAGUCAUGAAGGAAUAGAUUGUCGGUGGUUACUGGAGCAGUAGCUUCUUUUA